AUGGAUGAGUGGACACCCACCAGUAUCACAAAUGACCUUGAAAAAACUCCGGAUGCAAGCAGUCAUAGUACUUUUUGCACAUUUUUUUUGGUGCUGCUAACGCAUUUGGCUCACAUCGAAGAUCUGCAGUCCAACGAGAAUAAUUUUGUACUACCGAAAGUAUCCCAAGAUCCAGUCAUCAAAAGCAUAUUUAGCGUGAUUGAGAAAAAUAUUGUGGAAGCUGGUGGCUCAGCGAGUUUCGCCAUUGCCGCUGAAUGCAACGAGAAGACUCAAGCUUCUUCUUCACGUUCCUAUCAGUCACUGCGACAAAAAUUUUCGCAGGCUUCAAAAAAUCAAGAAAAUGCUAGAACUACAAGAACGAAAUUUUAUGUUAAUGGUGCUGAAGCGUACGAUAAUUUGAAUAAUCUUAUAAUACCCAUCGUUGCACAGCAGGAACAGCAGCAACAACAACAGCAGCAGGCACCGCUGGACCGGAACAAAUUGCAACUAAAUCUGAAAGAUACCGCAAACACGGGGCCGCCCCAGUCACUAACAAAUACCGUGGCUGUGAACUGCAAGAAAUUCAAUGCGACUGCUCAGAAUAGCACCGAAGGCAUCUUGAGGUUGCCAGUAAGAAGAAGAGAUGAGACGCUACCAUCAACCGAUUCCGCGGAUACCGUGUCACCUGUGACACCAUUUACAUCCGAGUUAGCGACAACCAUGGCUACUAAUCAAGCCGCUGAAUUGGCAAAGCAAGAAGCCGCAUACAAUGCCAUUGUUGCUCGAAAUCGAACACCGCUUACGCCUGCAACUACUAGAAAACCCAUGUCGGCUUUGUAUGAAAAAUGCGAAGCUAGGAUACUCAAGAACGAAGAUUCGGAAAAGUCUUUUACAGAACAUACCUGCUCCAGAGAUGAAUCGGAAGCGUCGGCUGAAAUUCGGCAAGCUCUGAAACAGUUGGACGAUGUGCUGGACGAGCAAAUUCCUAUUGAAUCUUUUUCAGCAUCGAGUUCAAAACCUUCCCGAACCGCAUCGGAAAUUAGCACCGAAAUCCUUUACAAAAAAAAUGAAUCGAGGGAUGAAGAAAGCAGCAAGAAAUCUGUAAGGCAAAUAGCUGAUAUGCUCAAUUCGAAACCGUUACAUUUUGGCGUACACAAUGUACCAUUGAACUUUAAAGCACCGGAAAAUGGUCAAAAAACUGAACUGGACCAGCAGCACAGUUUGGGAAUUAAUCUCGAUCCAGCAGUUAAUUCUGCUACAGAGACUACAAUAACAGUAGAAGGUAGCCUGGAAGAUCAACUGCAGCAGAGGCCAUCGCUAAUCGGCAUUAGUGUGUUCGGGCCUAGCACCGGAAAAUCCAUUGCAGAAAUUAUCGCUGAAAAGAAGAGUCGAAAUGCAAGGCUUCCCACACCGCCACCGCCCCUUGCAAAACCACAGAUGAAAAGAGCGGACAGGAUGCAAGGGUUUGAUGCUUCCACCAGCAGCGCGAAAAACCAGUGUCUACCUACAAAGCAAACACUGCCAGAAAACCCAUCUCGACUGAUGUUUGCUAAGGAAGAGGACUGGUCUGUGGCAAAAUCAGGCAUACCAGUAGAUGAGAACUCCAAGCCGUCUGUCUCGACAACGGACAGGAAGAGUGGAGACGCAGAAGCUGCGGUUCCAGCAACAGAUAAAACCAGCAAAAGCGGCGUGAGCAUAAAUUUAUUCCAAGUAAAUCGAAUGGUGGCACAAAAUGUUUCACGUAGCUCGAGCAGGCACGCUAACGAUCAUCAUUAUGAAAAUAUUAGCGGUAACGGCACGCCGAUGGAAACAUCAUUUAAUGGCCUACUGGACCGCACGAUGGGUCAGCAACGGACAGAUGACAAUGCUGCAGCUGACUGCUUGGAACAGCAACGGAGUGAGAAGAAAAGAAAAGAAACCUCUGGAUCGGCAACGACUUCCACAAGCAUAACACCAAAGCAGCGGGAUACCACACGGGCAAUGGAUGAGCAGCAGCUGACGAAGCACGCAGCCACUGCGAAUGUCAGUUCCAGACCAAAUGACGAUGCACAAGCUUCCACUCUCUCAGCCCCAACAACGUCAUUAAGCACAGGCGAUCAAGCCGAUGCUGUGAAAUGGCGAACCGGUUAUAUCACGCCACCGGAUCUUCAAGAACAACAAUAUAAUCCGGUACCUCCGCCACGCACACGUUCAAAGCGCGGCAGCUUUGGCCGCUUAUCUGCACAGCAUCCACAAGUAGUGGUACAGCGUAGCACAUCAAUGUAUGUUACGAAUAGUAAUGAACUGAUCAGCACUUCACUCGAAAACGACGUCAGUGGCGAAGCUGGUGAAGACAUGAAGCGAUGGUCUUCAGCAUCCACACCCGAAACAGAGCAUGCUCUCUAUGAGAGGCCCAAAGCUUCAUUGAUACCACCAAAGCCAGCCCCGCGCCGCAUCGAUUAUCUGAACAAGUUGCCGUCGCGAAAUAAAACUCCUUCCGAAAAUUGCAAGACUGCUGCGAAGCCAGUGAAACGGCCAGUGCCAUUACCGCGACAGAGCAAACUCAAGGUGGCUGUGGAUGAAGAUUCGUUGGUGAAAACUUCUCUCGGUGGAGCGAAGGCGCAGCUUGGGGCUAGCAGUGGCCUAGAAUCUCUGAUGACAAUCGCAAAAACAACAAGCAGUGUGGAAGAGGGAAUGGACGAGAGUAACGAAUGGACGUUACGACUAUAG